AUGGCACCAAUACCUACCGAAACCUCCUCCCCAGUCCCCGCGAUUGCGAACCCAGAGACUAAAUCUUCCGCGCCCGCGCCCAAAGACGUAGAUACGUCCGAGCUCGACACAACCACACCAACAUCCUCCAACACCAAGAAGCGUAAACGCAAAGACAACGCCCAAGAAAAACAAGUCCACAUCCUCCACCAGUCUACAUUCCGAAAAACAGCAUGGUCCUACUUCCACCUCCUCCUCCUCACACCCGGAACCGCAACCAUACCACCAGCCACAGCCUCCACAGACUCGACGACGACAUCAUCCCUCUCACCCCUCCUAGCCUCCUCCCUCCUCACACAUUCGCUGCGGUCCUACCUCGGUAUCACAGGCACAGCGAUACCCAUCGACAUGCUCAAGAUCUCUGGACGGAGUGUCUGGGUGAGGAUACCACGGCAGGACGCACGCGCGUUCAGAGCUAGCCUGAGUGGGUGGGUGGGCACGUGUGAUGGGGAAGACAUACCGGGUGUUGAAGGGGGAAUGGGUGUCAAGGUCGGGGUGGCCUGGAGGGUUGUGGGAGAAGGUGGUGUGCUUGGAGGAAUAACGACGGGUGGUGAUGGAAUGGAUCUCUUUGGGUAA